CAACCCAAGUCACUCUACAGCUUUGCAUCUAACGGUUAUCACCUCGUUACUCUUAUACUGCCCCAGGACACGCCGGGCGAUACUUCUCCAGAUCACACUUCUUUUUGGUUCCGCCUUAGAUAUUCGCCAUGGGAGACGUCGCCGUGGAGACUCCGGCGAACAACGUCACGCCUCACACCAAGGCAACUCCAUUGGACACCAUUCCUAACAUAGACUCGCUGGAAGGCACCGGAAACGACGGUGGUGACGAGUAUGCCACUUUGAAGCGCUUACAGAGACACUUGGAGUAUAUCCAGCUCCAGGAGGAAUACAUUAAGGAUGAGCAAAGGAGCCUGAAGCGAGAGCUGGUUCGUGCACAGGAGGAGAUCAAGCGGAUACAGAGUGUUCCCUUGGUUAUUGGCCAAUUCAUGGAAGCGAUCGAUCAGAACACCGGUAUCGUCCAGUCAUCGACCGGCUCGAAUUAUGUCGUCCGCAUCCUGUCUACCCUCGACCGCGAGAAGCUCAAGCCUUCAUCCUCGGUCGCUCUCCACCGUCACUCCAACGCCCUUGUCGAUAUCCUCCCUCCGGAGGCAGACUCCUCGAUCGCUAUGUUGGGUGAGAAUGAGAAGCCGGAUGUUACAUAUGCAGAUGUUGGUGGUCUCGAUAUGCAGAAGCAGGAAAUCAGGGAGGCGGUCGAAUUGCCUUUGACGCACUUUGACCUCUACAAGCAGAUCGGUAUCGAUCCUCCUCGUGGUGUCCUUCUGUACGGUCCUCCUGGUACGGGUAAGACUAUGCUGGUCAAGGCAGUGGCGAACAGCACGACCGCCAGCUUUAUCCGUGUGAACGGUUCGGAAUUCGUUCAAAAGUAUCUCGGUGAAGGACCUCGCAUGGUCCGUGAUGUGUUCAGAAUGGCUCGGGAGAACUCCCCAGCCAUCAUCUUCAUCGAUGAAAUCGAUGCCAUCGCCACCAAGCGUUUCGACGCCCAGACAGGUGCCGACCGUGAGGUCCAGCGUAUCCUGCUGGAGCUUUUGAACCAGAUGGAUGGUUUUGAGCAAACGAGCAAUGUCAAGGUCAUUAUGGCUACUAACCGAGCGGACACUCUGGAUCCCGCCUUGUUGCGUCCGGGUCGUCUGGACCGAAAGAUCGAGUUCCCGUCCUUGCGUGACCGACGUGAGCGCCGGUUGAUCUUCACCACGAUAGCGUCUAAGAUGUCUCUCUCUCCCGAGGUUGACCUGGACUCCCUGAUUGUGCGUAACGAGCCGCUCUCGGGUGCGGUUAUCGCGGCUAUCAUGCAGGAGGCGGGUCUUCGCGCCGUUCGUAAGAACCGCUAUAAUAUCAUCCAAUCCGAUCUGGAAGAUGCCUAUGCUGCCCAAGUGAAGACUGGACAGGAAUCCGAUAGACUCGAGUUCUACCGGUAAAUCAGGUGGGGGAGAAGCGUGGAGGUUGAGGUGGCAAUGUGUUUGCAAAAGACAAUCAAGCUGGGUGUUAGCUGUAAUACUUUUAGGCAUCACAUAUCAAGACAAUGAUUGACGCAUCUGAGCAC